AUUGAAGAGACAAAAUUGAAACUGCACUAGACAUUUUCAGUAACAUUAUUAUAAUGAUGUGGCAGAGGAAUAACUGAAACCGCACGACAUGGAGGAGGUAACCAGCGAACCACAGUAUUGUGAAUGUCGGUCACAAGGUUACGCGAAGCUCACGAAGCCUCGCAGGUCGCAGGACUAUGACAACAGGGCAUCGUUUCCCACCGAUCCCUAUAAUAUUGUUUAUCUUUCGUUAGUUAUGGGAGGACUUGCCUUCCUUUUGCCCUACAACAGUUUUAUAAUGGCAAUGGAUUACUUUAAGAUUCGAUAUCCAGGCACCCCCUUUGUAUUUGAUUUGUCCUUGGUGUAUAUCUGUGUGGCAUUCUUGACAGUAUUAGGAAAUAAUCUAUUAUUGGAGACAAUAUCCUUAAAUUCAAGAAUCAAUUUUGGUUACCUAAUGUCCUUUUUGACUAUUAGUUUCGUUGUAAUAUGCGAAAUUUGGUGGGAAGCCUUUGGAACGACCACUUCUUACAAUGUAAACUUAUUAGCUGUAGCUGUAGUAUCUAUAGGUUGUACCGUGCAGCAAUCUAGUUACUAUGGAUUUGCUAGUAUGUUACCGCCAAAAUAUACUCAAGCAGUAAUGGUUGGUGAAAGUGCAUCUGGCUUGUUCACAUCUACAAUACGUGGACUGACAAGAUUUACAAUAAACGAACUUCGCGGAAGCACAGUGUAUUUCUUUUCCGUGUCAGCAUCAGCUGUAGCAACAUGCUGCGCAAUGUAUCAUCUUUCCAGAAAGUCUGCGUUCGUACAAUUUUACAUACGUUUGUGUGAGAGAGACAGGACACGUAUAACAUUGGAACCUAUCGAAGACGUCGGUUUGAUUGAAACGAACGACUCCCAAUAUGGUAUUUUAAAAAUUCAAACCAGUCCACCUCCAACAGAGAGUUUAAGUUUUGCAAAUCCAGUGUAUGAGCCGUCUGUCUCUAUGCCAACGUACAAAGUUGAUGUAGUAAUCAGAGGACGACCAAGCAUUAGCAGUACCAGUUUAGGGAUUGCAUCCAUUAAAAGAGGUUUACAAGCACGAUGGGACGUUACCAAAAUCAUUUAUCCUUACAUGAUUUCAAUUUGUCUGGUAUACUUCACCACCCUUUCCAUUUAUCCUGGCAUCGUGUCCGAAGUAACCAGUUGCCAUUUAGGCUCGUGGAUGCCGAUCUAUAUGAUGGAGUUGUUUAAUGGGGCAGAUUUAAUCGGAAAAAUAUUGGCAAAAUCCAAUCGAUUUUGGACCGUGAACCGUCUGUACGGCUGGUCUAUAGGAAGACUGCUGAUGAUUCCAUUGAUGAUUAUGUGCGUCUUCCCAAAAGAAAAUCCAAUAUUCGAGGCCGAAAUUACUGCGUUCAUUCUUUCCAUUAUCCUGGGUCUCAGCAACGGAGUUUUGGGUAGCGUUCCUAUGAUUCAAGCGCCAACCAAAGUCGAGGAUAGAUUUAGAGAAUUAACAGGUAAUAUGAUGACAUUACUCUACAUGUUUGGACUAGCAGCUGGAUCUUUUGUGGCAUACUUCCUACAAAAUCUCCUCAAAACAACAGAAAGUAAAGCUUCGCCAUGUGUCAACUUCAAUCAGUACGAGGAAACUGUAAACGCAACAACUCCUUUUACAACCAUUUCAUCAUCUGCCAUAACUACAUUAUCCUCCACAUUGUCAACAAUUGUAAAUAAUUUCACUGAAUCAUCUGGUUAAGUUACUGAAAGUGUAUCUAAACUUAAUGUUAUACAAUAUACAAAUAUGUAUAAAGU